CAGGCGCUCUGCAGGCCCGGGCCCAGGAACGUGCUUCCCCGGACACCUUCCCUGCUCCUGACAUGACUUCCGGCGGCUUGCUGAAUUCCACAGCCAGCUGCCACAAGCGGAUUCCAGGACAGCCCUGAGAAGCAGCGGUGCAGUGGCAGCCGACACGUGGGUGCAUCAUGAACUGGGGGGUCUUCGAGGCGCUCCUGAAUGGGGUCAACAAGUACUCCACUGCCUUUGGGCGCAUCUGGCUGUCUUUGGUUUUCAUCUUCCGCGUGCUGGUGUACUUGGUGACAGCUGAGCGUGUGUGGAGUGACGACCACAAGGAUUUUGACUGUAACACCCGCCAGCCCGGCUGCUCCAAUGUCUGCUUUGACCAGUUCUUCCCCGUGUCCCACGUGCGCCUCUGGGCCCUGCAGCUCAUCCUGGUCACGUGCCCCUCGCUGCUCGUGGUCAUGCACGUGGCCUACCGCAAAGCUCAGGAGAAGAAGCAUCGAGAGAUGGCUGGGGAGGGUGGUGGGCGCCUCUACCCAGACCCUGGCAAGAAGCGGGGCGGGCUCUGGUGGACGUACGUCUGCAGCCUAGUCUUUAAGGCCGGCAUAGAUGUCACCUUCCUCUAUGUGUUCCACUCCUUCUACCCCAAGUACACCCUCCCUCCUGUGGUCAAGUGCCACUUGGCUCCCUGUCCCAACACAGUGGACUGCUUCAUCUCCAAGCCCUCGGAAAAGAACAUCUUCACUCUGUUCAUGGUGGUCACAGCCGCCGUCUGCAUCCUGCUCAACCUCGUGGAGCUAUCCUACCUAGUGAGCAAGCGGUGUCGGGAGUGCCUGGCAGCAAGGAGAGCCCAGGCCACAACCACAGGGCAUUACCCAAACUCUGUCACUGCUUCCUGCAAACAGAACGACCUCCUCUCAGGGGACCUCAUCUCUCUGGGCUCUGACACUCACCCGCCUCUCGAGCCAGACUGCCCCCGGGACUAUGUGAAGAAAACUGUCGUGUGAGGGGCUGCCUGGCUGGACCCGUCGGGUGGGCCUGGCCUGGGAGGCUCUGGCUUCUCUCACAGGUGCAGUCCUGGGGGUGGAGGAGCUAUGGAGUGAGUUGGAGGCAGGCUAAAGGGAGGGUUUAGACGGCAUGGGGUCCGGUUCCUAUUUCUCAACUCCCAACUCCUGGCCCCAGUGUGGGACCUAA